ACGGGCUGAGCUGCCGUGAGCGGCGCCGGAGCUGCUGUCUCACCGCGUUGUGAGGUUGUUCUCCUGCAAGCGAAAACGCGGUGGCAAUAGUGGAUGUUGCUUGAUUGUGGUUUAAAGUGUUUUUAAAAUGCUGCGACUCUACAGUUGAAGAUUUUCUUAUGCUGAUGUGUUCACUAUGGCUGGCAGCUGAACAGGCAUCAACUUAGCUGCUGUUCCUCUUGCUGAUACUGAAGAGCCUAGGGAUUUUGACUGAUUCAAAAUGAACGAACAUCCUAAAAAGAGGAAAAGGAAGACUUUACAUCCUUCUCGAUAUUCAGAUUCUUCAGGUGUAAGCAAAUACAUAGACAAUAGUGGAAUUUUUUCUGACCACUGUUAUAGUGUCUGCUCUAUGAAACAGCCAGAUAUCAAGUUUUCCGAUAACAGAGGUAGAUUCCACAGUCCUGCGCAAAGUCUAGAUACUGAUGAUGAUGGGAGUCCAGUGCAUGCUGGAACUUCUCAGUGGAGUGGAUCACAUUCAAAUGUUGUGGGGAUGCACUAUACAGACCCCAAAAAGAAAGAUAAAGAAAAAGCUGCUAGUAAUGGAAUGUACAAGGAUAUAUGCGAUUCACCUAUAUUCAGUGACAGCCCUACAGAAGAAGAGAAACCCCUUGAUAUUCAAACUGUAGAAAUUUCUACAACAGAGGUUAAUGCUGUAGAAGUUCAUGAUAUAGAAACACAAACUGUUUCACCUGAGAAGCUAGAAGCUGAAGACCUAGAGGAAAUCCCUGUUGAAACCUGUAAAAUCUUUGAGAAGAACCAGGCUUUGAAUAUCACAGCUCAGCAGAAAUGGCCUUUGCUGAGGGCCAACAGCAGUGGUUUAUAUAAGUGUGAGCUCUGUGAGUUUAAUAGCAAGUACUUUUCUGAUUUAAAGCAGCACAUGAUUCUGAAGCAUAAAACAUGUACAGACACUCAUGUCUGUAAAGUUUGUAAAGAGAGUUUCUCCAGCAAAGUACAGCUUAUUGAACAUGUCAAACUACACGAGGAGGAUCCAUACAUCUGUAAAUAUUGUGAUUACAAAACAGUAAUAUUUGAGAAUCUGAGUCAGCACAUAGCAGACACUCACUUCAAUGACCACCUUUAUUGGUGUGAGCAGUGUGAUAUGCAGUUCUCUUCAAGCAGCGAGUUGUACCUGCACUUCCAGGAACACAGCUGUGACGAGCAGUAUUUGUGUCAGUUCUGUGAGCAUGAAACGAAUGAUCCAGAAGAUUUGCAUAGCCAUGUGGUGAAUGAACAUGCAUGCCGACUGAUAGAGUUAAGUGACAGCUAUAAUAAUAAAGAGCGUGGACAGUAUAGUCUCAUAAACAAAAUCAGCUUUGACAAAUGCAAAAACUUCUUUGUAUGCCAAGUGUGUGGGUUUAGGAGCAGGCUGCACACAAAUGUCAACAGGCAUGUGGCUAUUGAACACACCAAAAUAUUCCCUCAUGUUUGUGAUGACUGUGGGAAGGGCUUUUCAGGUAUGUUGGAAUAUUGCAAGCAUUUAAGCUCUCACUUAUCUGAAGGGAUUUAUUUGUGUCAAUACUGUGAAUAUUCAACAGGACAGAUUGAAGACCUUAAAACUCAUUUGGAUUUUAGGCAUUCAGCAGAUUUACCUCAUAAAUGUACUGAUUGUUUAAUGAGGUUUGGAAAUGAAAAAGAUCUUUUUUAAGUCACCUUCAGAUACAUGACACAGCGUAAUUAAUGCUUUUUCGCUGUAAUCAAUUUGUUAGAAUGGGAUUUAUUUCCAGUCAGUCACUAAAAUGGGAAAUUAAAUACAAUUUAAUAGCAAUUGUACAAUGGAAAAUAUUAAUAUUUUGCUCUUUUAUCAACAAAACACGUAUAACAACUUGGUGUUGUGAAUUUUCUUACUUAGGGGUUUCCAUAGGAAUAAUCAUAUUUACAGUGUGAUGGAUCAGAUACUGGGGGGGAGGGAUGGUGGGAGUAGUUGCAUGUUGUAAUAGCAAUUCUGAAGGUCAUCCUGUAUUUUCAUGUUUAAUAUGUAAGAGCAGCAUUCUCAAGAGUUUAAAAAGGGACAAAGAGAAAGCCAACAUCUAGUUUCAUGCUUAAGUAACUGUAUUUACCAUAGCAGUCUCACUUGCAUACUGAACUCGUUACCCUCUGCAGCAGCAGGUCAGCGUGCUUACGUUUAGCAAAUUGCACUGGCCUGCCAAAGAUAAGCGUGUUCUAAAAAUUCUCAGGCAUGCAAGUCUCCAAAUUCAUUUGUCAGCCUGCAUUUCCCCCCUCUCCCUUUUUUUGAUAAGCUUUCAAAAUUUACUUAUUUUCUUGGAGUACCUAUCCUACCUCAUCAUUCACUUCCUGUCUUUCUCCGUUUAACGUUUAAUUUUGACUCCUAUCUGUGGAACUACCCAGCAAUACUCUAGUUCCUCAUUUUCUCCCACACUUUUACUACAGACUUCCCACAUUGUUGGGAAUUCCCUUCAGUUAUCUUCAGCCCCUAUCUUUCUUUUGAUGCACCAAUGAGACAUAUUGCCUGUGUGUAGAUUGGGUCACAUUUUAAGGAGCAAUUGUAAGGGAUUUGUCAGGUGAUCCAGCUGAGAAUGUACAAAGAGCGUGAUCUUCAUAUGUAAAAUGUUUAACUUAGCUGUCACUAAAAGGAUGUGUGUCACUAGCAUCAUUUAGAGCAAGACUAUUAGUUUGUAAUUAUAAUAAUUCUGUAACUUUGUAAUUAGCUUUCCACCACUGAUAAUUGGAGGAUAGUUAUUUUAAUUCUGUAAAUUUUAAAUGAUCUCCAGGUACUGUUUUAAAGCACUGGCACAGUACAUAAAUUCUGUUAACUUUAAUCACUUUCAAAUGAUUUUGCACAUCACAUUGAAUAGUGCUGUCUUUAUAAUAUAAUCUUUAAAAGUGAAUUUUUAAGCUUCAUUCGAUAGCUGUAUUUCUGAUUGACUGAUGCUCAGGCUGAGAAUAAGGAUGAGAUCAUUUAUAUUGUGCUAGUUAUUGGGGUGAAAUUACCCCUAAGUAAGCGGUGGAGAUUACAUUGCUUUCUGUACUGAUUGUAAAUUUGUAAUGUAAGAUUGUCUAAUGAAAGCUUUGUAUAAAUAUAGUUCAUGUAUAAAACAUUUCUUGAACGGUGAGAUUUGGUGUUAGUAGCAGCAAGGUGCGCAAGAGUCUGCAUUGAGUUUUUAAAGCUAAGGACAAAAAUUGGCUUAAUACAGUCAGUGUAUGGAAGUUCGGUUUCUAGAGCCAUUAGCAUCUGUUGCUUUGCAGGUGGCAAGACCAUUUUCAUCAUUUUGAAAUGCUGGUUUACUACUAAAUGUUCGUGUAGUCAUUGAAAAGAACAACCUGAUCGUAUCAUGAUUGUAUUUUAUUAAUCUAUUUAUGGACAGUGACAAUGUCUGUAGCAGAAUUGCUAACUUCCUAUUUUGAACAUGUUUAUCCUGGCUGGCUUAAUAUGGUAGCAAUAACACAGUUAAAGUAAUUACAAGAAUUCUUUUAGAUAUAGAAAGUUAAUUUUGCUCAUAUUGGUGUAACUGAGAGGGGAGAACGUUUGUCCUUCUCUUGCAAGCUGCUCCUGGUGACACAGGUGGAAUGGCAUUGAUAAGUGCUGGAAAGAAAGCCACUUCUUGGGAGACAGACAGAAAGAUAGGGCAACGCUCUGGAAGGCACAAGAGAAUAGUGGGCUUAAGUGUGUCUUGUCAAGGAAGUGUGGUUUUGUAAGCCCAUGCAGCACUGUGACACAGAAAACUUGGCUGUCUCCUGAAUAACUUCAGGUCUCUAAUUUUUGGCUUGUGUUUGUUUUUAAUCUGUAAAAUAGGAAUUAAAAGACUAUAUCAUAGGAGUGUUAUGAAGACAACUCAUUUUUAACAAAAAUGCACACCCAUGUGUCUCAUUAGGAAAUCUAUUCAAGUUUGUCCAAGGUUGAAUUUUAUCAAUAAGGGAAUAAUGUUAGGGUGUUUUUUGUUUUGUUUUGUUUUGUUUUUUUUUUUAAGUGUCUAUCAGAAGGUAAAUGGAAGUUAGCAUGAACAGCUGGUCUCAUUUUACCUUAGCAAGACUAGAAAUAGCAUAUUUGCUUCCAAAUGAUUGCAUGCUAAAACAUGCAAGUAUGUUAAGUAAUAGAAAAAGGUAAGUCGAGUCUGUCAAGUUGGAAGGCCAACUAUUGUACAUGUCAGGGACUGUUUGUUGUUCCCUACUGAAGGAGUCUACAAGGUAGCUGUGCAUUAAAGAGGAGAGUUUGGUUUAUUUACAUGAACUGCAAAGUGAAGGGACAGUGUUCUGAGAUCGCUGCAUUGAGUGAAUUGAGAAGACUUGAAUGCUGCCAGAGACUUACCUUGUCUUUAUCCCUAUAGCUUGAACAAUUCUUGGUCUUGAAUUAGAGAAAUUACCUGUAGUAGUCAGAAUGGAAUUAUGCCAAUAUAUUUUUUUCUAUGAAAGAGUAAAUACGUAGGUCAAAUUCAAUUUUUUGUUGCAGUGAAACCUGCAAGGUGCACCUGUUUCAGUAACAGCUUUCUAUCUGGAAGCUUUACAGAAUCACAAGACUGGCUUCAGAAAUAAUUUGUAUUUGGUUGUCUUCAGGAUUUUAAGCCUUUAGCUUAAACGUGCGUUGUGUACUUGAUCUUUCUCAAUCAUGCUAGUUACUGAACAAGAGAACUUUUCAUGUGAAAGAUUCUGCUGACUUCAAAAUGAAAAACCAACUAUCACAGGAACGUAAAACAUAGUAAGUUAGUAAUUCUAGAAUGAUGUGUUCUCCAUAAUGCUUAUUAAGUGCUGUAGAUUCUUAUUGUUGUUUGUGCUUGUGCUCAUUUUCCUAUGCUCUUUCAUGGUGAUGUAUCAAAUGUAUAAAUUAGCAGUGCUUCUUAACUCUUUAAAGUACUUUAGCUUUUGUCAUUUUAGUUAAUGGCUGACUUUGAUUAAACUAUGGUGCUGCCAGUA